UUAGCAUUUUAAGUACGUCACUUCCGGUUAUAUUAUGAGAAUAAAAAUUAGGAGCCGAUAUGUCAAAAUGUUAGUGUAGGUGCGCUUUUAUCCGCUCUUUACCACAUUCCUGUUUAAAUGAACAUUUUUAGAUAAAAGUGAGUUUUCCUACCACAUCAAAGAUGAAGAAGAACAUGAAAGGACUUACUCUCCCGGGCGGAGAAAAUACGACCCCGCCAGCCCCUGGCCCUGCUGCAGGGGACCAACUCGAUAAACCCAACAAUGAGAUCAGUGGAAUCGACCUACAGGAUUUACAACAAAGAGUGAAAGAAAUGGACAUCAAUGAGCAACAAAGAGAAAGACUUGAAACAUUCCUGACUCAGAAACAACAAGUGGGAGAGCUGACCCAGGAAAAUGACUUUGAGAAGCUUGGGGAACUUGGGGCAGGAAAUGGGGGUGUUGUCAUGAAGGUCAUUCACAAACCCUCUGGGAUUAUUAUGGCCAGAAAGCUAAUCCAUUUAGAAAUCAAGCCAGCUGUCCGCAAGCAGAUAAUCCGAGAACUUAAAGUACUUCAUGAGUGUAACUCUCCAUUUAUUGUGGGUUUCUAUGGGGCUUUCUACAGCGAGGGAGAAAUUAGUAUUUGUAUGGAGUAUAUGGAUGGAGGAUCAUUAGAUUUAAUACUUAAGAAAGCUGGCCGGAUUCCCGAACCAAUCCUAGGAAAAUUAACAGUAGCGGUUUUAAAAGGAUUAAGCUAUCUUAGAGAGAAACAUCAAAUAAUGCACAGAGAUGUAAAACCUUCCAAUAUAUUAGUCAAUUCAAGGGGUGAAAUUAAAAUAUGUGAUUUUGGAGUUAGUGGACAACUCAUUGAUUCCAUGGCCAAUUCCUUCGUAGGAACAAGGUCCUACAUGUCGCCGGAGCGACUACAAGGGACUCACUACUCUGUACAAUCUGAUAUCUGGAGUCUGGGUCUGUCCCUCGUAGAGAUGGCUAUUGGUCGUUACCCCAUCCCUCCACCCUCCCCAGAGGAUUUGGCCAGUAUAUUUGGGGAGAAUGCAAUGGCUGAACACAUGGAAGCUGCUAAAACAGGGAAACCCCUAAAGGGCUCAGACAGAAAUAGUUUUAGCUUUCCUGGUCCGCCUGGCACAGAGGGCCCUCGUCCGAUGGCCAUUUUUGAGCUUUUAGAUUAUAUUGUUAACGAGCCUCCCCCAACACUACCCAAAGGAAAAUUCUCUGACCUAUUCAUAGACUUUGUUGAAAAAUGUUUGAAGAAGAAGCCAUCAGACCGAGCAGAUCUUCAAUCAUUAAUGAGCCACCCAUUUGUCACACGAUCAGAGGAGGAAGUCAUGGACAUUGGGAAUUGGGUCUGUAAGGUAAUGAACAUCAAGCCAGAACAGAAGAACAGUUAAACACCAAGCAGCAUUCCAAGCCAGCCAUGUAUCUCAGUGGUUCUACAUAUACCCCAUAUUCCUCCAAUGUCAAUUAUCAUAUGUCUUGUACAGUCUGUCAUAGCUGAGUAACUUGAGUUAUCUUGAAAACACUUAGUAUUAACUUUAAUUUUAUAAAUUUGAAUCCUUUUCCUCCUCAGAAGUGAUUAAUGUGUAUUAAAAUACUGACAGUAAAUUUUUGUAAGCAACACAUAAUAUAUUUUUUGAAAAUACAUGUACAAUAACUGCAAACAUUUCUCUUCAAUCAAUGGGCAUUACUCAGAAUAUUAAGGAUUACCUUUCACAUGCAGUAAGAAUUUUUUUCCACCUACGCAAGUUACUUCAGAAGCAAUGUUAAAAACAGAGAAUGACUAAACUUUAGGCAGAUCUGACACCAAUAAGUACCUACAUUGUACAACAAGAUGUAGAGGAUAAAAAAUGUGUUCAUACCAUUUGGUAGUCUAUUUAUUUAUAGGCCUCAUGACCUUAUCACACAAACAUCAUGUAUUUUUGAUGAGCACAGAUUAUUGUUUCACAUUAUGUAGUUUAUAUUUUUGAUUAUGAUAGUGUGUUUUAGAUUUUUCUUUUUGAGAGUUUUCACGCAUUGAAGUUAGUGAUCUGUUGUGUAUUAGACUAAAUGUGUGUUUUACAGAAAUGCAUGUAGUAAAAAUUAUGAAAUGAACUGACUUUAUUAAGGUAUUCAUAUAUGGAAUAUUAUUUUAUACAUAACAUAUAGAAACAUAAUAAAAUAUAAUUGUCUUCACAAUUUUUAAAGUUCAUUUUUGAUGACCAUUAUGUAGUAUACUGGAUGGAUGCCAAUCACUAUUGUAUAUUAAUAACAGUAUGAUUAAAGAUGUCAGUGAGUAGGCCACCAUGAUAAAAGAACAAUGGCCCUUGUACAUGUACCAUGAAUAAGAAAGAGUUGCACAUGUAUUUAUUAAGCAUACUUAACAUUCUGUUUAAAUGUCUUCAUUAGAUCAGAAAUGUUUUCAAAUAGCUAAAAUUGGUGUUAAUAAAUUAUGUCAGAAAAUUGGAACUAAUGUGAUGAAUUUUACCUGCAUAUACAUGUACCAUUGAAAGAUUUAUUAAAAUUUUCUUCAAAAUUGA